AUGGAACUGAAGGUGGAUGAGCAUUUUUCUUUUAUCCAAAGGACUAUCCACACAAAGAACCUUCUGUAUUACCUGACUGAGCCAUCCAGACUUAAUACCAUAUACUGGUCUGUGAAUUCCCUGUCGAUGUUAGGAAUGGAGGAAGUGGAGGAGAUGAAGAGUAGAGUUGUCGAUUAUGUUAUGAGAUGUAGGAAUGAGGAUGGAGGGUUCGGGGGAUGUGCAGGAUACUCCUCGAACAUAACGAGCACAUUUAAUGCAUUGCAGAUACUCUACAUCUAUCGCAUCCAUUACAGUGAUAGAAGCACUGUGUCAUUUAUAUCGAAGCUACUACAACCUGAAGGGUACUUCUACAACGACAUCUAUGGAGAGAUAGACACUCGAAUCAAUUGCUGUGCCGUGCUGGGGUUACACCUACUAUCUCUCCUCGAAAAGGGUGACUUCGAUUCCAAAAGCCUAUCAAAUCCCAUAUGUGGCGAAUUUCUAUCCGAGGUUGGCAUUGACACAAAGGCGAUUGUUCUAUACACUCAGAGAUGCUACAACCUGGACGGAGGAUUUGGCGCGGUUGAAGGUGCUGAAUCCCAUGCUGCACAGGUGUUCUGUUGUCUGAGUACGCUAAGAUCGCUCGGGGCCCUUGGAUCGGUAGAUGUGGAGGGAGUGACAAGAUUCAUAGCAAUGAAGCAGACGAGCUCAGGAGGCCUUUCAGGAAGGGUAAGCAAGAAAGAAGAUGUUUGCUAUUCCUUCUGGGCGUACUCUUCCCUUGUGCUUAUUGGAAGAGAAAGCCAUGUGAAUCAAAAGGAACUUGCAAAGUUCAUAUUUUCGUGCCAAGGGCGGUCCGGUGGGUUUUCUGACAGGCCCGGGAACGAGGCAGACCUGUAUCACCUUAUGUUUGCCCUGGCAGGGCUUUCGUUGCUGGGCUAUAAGGGGGUUAAAAAGAUUGAUCCUGGGUUUGGGCUAUAG